GCUACAGACAGAAGACCAAGACCACGRCCAAAGUUACAACUACACGCUUCUCACCAAUGGAAAUGGCAACUUCGAAAUACGUGGUAGUAAACUUUACAUCACCARAUCAGCAACACUUGAUUACGAGGUGAAAACUUCGUAUCGUCUAAACGUUCGUUCAACGGACAGCGGUAAACCACAAUACUCCAUCGAAAAURCCCUCAUUAUAUCUGUAAAAGACCAAAACGAGGCUCCWACUGACAUAAUACUGUCRAAUGCUACUGUGGUUGAAAAUACACYCACUGGAACUUUGAUUGGCAKCCUGUCAAUCACCGAUCCUGAUAACYUUGGACCACAGGGAUCCCGUCAGAGUCAUACCUGUCAGUUAACCGACUCGGCCARUGGGAUGAUAGGGAUAUCUAUGAACAAUAAUGUAAAUCAGCUGACCGUUGGUGUCGCRGGCGUUAACUUCGAGGCGAAGAGCAUUGUGGGUGUAAUUGUAGAGUGCACGGAUCCUGAUGGAUUGCAUGUAGAGAAAGCGUUUAAUGUUACGGUACUYGAYGUUAAYGAGGCACCGAGUAAAAUCGUCGUAUCAAACCUUAACGUCAAAGAGAACCAGAAAACCCCGACAAUCAUCGGCGACGUCACCGUCUCUGACCCCGAUAACUUGAAGACACAGCGUCAGAYGUUCACMUUCUAUGCAUACACCCCYCAGUCGGGACCCCCCGGAAUUCCUGGUUUGCAAGUACCCUUUGACGUUAGAAACGGAACACUUGUUGCUAUGACAACGCUUGACUUUGAGUCGAAGCCAUUGUGGAGUUUUUACCUUCGCGCAACAGAUAACGGUGUACCACCCAUGUUCAAAUCACAGCAAAUUUCAGUGCAGGUUCUGGACACCAACGACCGACCAACAGAUAUUCAGAUAUCUAACGCUUAUCUUGACGAAAAUAGCCYACAAGACACAGUCAUAGGUGCUCUGAGAACAACUGAUGAAGACACGACCCAAAGCCACGCCUACAAGUGUAUUGAUUGUGCAAAUGGACGAUUUAAGAUCUACAACAACGAGCUCAGGGUUGCUCAGUCCAACCAGGCUUGUCUUGCCCAGGGGGGUGCACAGUGUACUCUCAACUACGAAGCAGUCAAGAAAUACCCCGUCAAAAUACAAAGCACUGACGAUGGCAUCCCUCCCUAUGACGUCAACACUACCAUCUACRUCAUCCUCCGUGACGUCAACGAUCAACCACGUGACCUCAAAUUAUCCAAUAACAAAGUGUUAGAGAAUGCAAYCAUCGACACUCUKAUUGGUCAGUUCAGUGCACGUGAUGAGGACGUGUCACAGACGUUGACGUUUUCAUUGAUGGAUGAUGAUAAUGGGCGCUUUAGAGUGGAUUCUUCCGGGAAACUUUAUAAGGCCAAAGGAACAAAUUACGAAGCUCAGAAGACGCAUAGUAUUCGCGCUGUUGUUACAGAUAAUGGCAGUCCCGCUAUGAAGAUGGAAAAGACUUUUAUYAUUGAAGUGUUGAACGUCAAYGAACCUCCAGUCAGUGUUGAAAUUACUUCUACCAACGGCCAGGUUUCAUUUCCAAAGAACAGYCCACGAAUCAAAGAGAACUCCCCGCUUUCUACUUCUGUAGGAACACUCRUUGCCCUCGAUGCUGAUGCCAAUCAAACGAUAACAUUUAAACUCGAUGACRACGCAUCUGGGAUGUUURUAUUGUUUUCRAAAUCAAGUUGUUCAAGUGUAACAAACGUCCCUGGGUAUAACACAAAGUGUUCUACGCUUCUGAAACUAAAUGGAAAGCUGAAUUACGAGAAGACUAAGUCUUACUCCAUAACAAUACGCGUAACAGACAACCACGGGCUUUUCAAAGUUCAGCAAUUGACGGUUAAUGUUAUUGACUUGAACGAAAAGCCGACYAACAUUAGUCUGAGCGCGUUGUCGGUGAAUGAGAAUGCUAAUGGCGCUUUGGUUGGAGUUCUCAGCACAACAGAUGAAGAUUUAAGUCAAAGUUAUAGCUAUMAACUCACUAACGAURCAUCAGGGAGGUUURAAAUUCAGGGGGAUAAGCUUUACGUUUCGUCCAACGCAAACCUCRAUUAUGAGGCUCAGACGGAGCACAGAAUCUCUAUUMAAGUACAGGACUCGGGUUCUCCUCCACUUAGCUUCUCCAAAGGUUUCUCCAUCACAGUCAACGAUGUCAACGAAGCUCCAUCAUUCUUUAACAUUUCAAAUUACCACGUGAUGGAGAACAGCAUUCGGGGCACUUUGAUUGGCUCGUUUAGUGUGCUUGAUCCCGACAAUUUUGGUCCUCAAGGGAACGUGCAAACUCACAUCUGUAGCGUCGUCGGAAGUCAGGUUGGAAAGUUUGUUGUACAGAAAAACGUUUUAAAAGUAGGAAGUGCAWUAGUUAACUAUGAGCAAGCUUCUGUUGUCGAUGUACAAGUUAGUUGCUCUGACAAUGGUAAGCCGUCUCUGAGUUUAAGUAAAACUGUACAAGUUAUCGUGGAUGACGUAAAUGAGAGUCCACAGAACAUCUCGUUGUCAAGCAACAGCAUAGCAGAAAACAGUCCACCUUCUCUCGUUGGAACACUAAGCACGGAUGACCCAGAUAACGAAUUUACCACAAGACAAAGUUUCACAUAUCGCAUGGUUGGUAAUGCAAAUGGACUCCCAUUCGCCAUUAACGGCAGUGAACUAAAAACAACACGAUCUCUUGAUUACGAGAUGCAGAAAAGUUGGAAAAUAACGAUUCAAUCUAAUGAUAGUGGAAAACCUCCGAAGAAUGUCACAAACACUUUCACAAUUUCUGUUGUAGAUGUCAAUGAAGGGCCAACCCUCRUCUCUCUCUCCAAAACCACCGUUCAAGAAAACAGUGAUAAAGACACAUUAAUUGGCGUUCUAACCAGCCAAGACCCAGACUUAAACCAAAAGCAYWCCUACACGCUACUUGAAACGGCCUCUGGAAGAUUCAAAAUCGAACAAAACAAGCUCAAAGUUGCGAUUUCUAAUGUCCAAUGUUUGAAAUACGGUGGUAGCUUUUGCCGACUAAACUACGAGAGUCAGCGGCAGCACACMAUACGCGUGCGCAGUACUGAUAAUGGCGUUCCUCCUCUAUACAWAGAGCAAACUUUCACCAUAAAUGUUACUGAUGUCAAUGAUUGUCCUCGAUUCGCGAGAUUGUCWGGAUACAGUGUAAUGGAAAAUGCARCUAMAGGAACCCAAGUUGGGUUGCUUUCGGCGAACGACGAGGAUGCAGGCCAAGUGGUUUCAUUUAGCCUUCUUAAGGAUGACAAUGGUAGAUUUCAAAUUGAUAACCACAACUAUCUUGUUAAAGCAAAGAGUACCGAUUAUGAGACGAACAAGAAACAUGUGGUAACUGUGCAGUUAAGAGAUAACGGAUCUCCAUCUCUUACCCUGACCAGAAAUAUCACCAUCUUUGUCCUCGAYAUCAAUGAAGCACCCAUCAACACAACCAUUACCUCGAAAGAUGGACAACAARCCUACCCAGACAACUAUCCACGUGUGAACGAAAACUCGCCCAACGGGACUGUGGUGGGGACCAUUAUUUCACUCGAUCGCGAUGAGGUUCAAGUKCUUAACUUCGCUCUCAUCGACGAUGCUUCAGGGAAAUUCGCUGUUUCCCAUAAAAAUUGUCAAAAUCUUACUAACACCCCUGGGGUGAAGUCCAAGUGUAGUGCCAUGUUGACCGUUAAUAAGAUGCUAAACUACGAACAGAGCUCGAGUGAAGUUAUUACUGUGRAGGUUACAGACCCCAAGGGGUCCUCCCACAGUCAGACGUUUACUAUCACAGUACUCGAUGUCAACGAUCGACCAAGCGACGUCACACUGUCAGGGGGGUACGUUGGAUAUGUCGACGAGAAUGCUAAUAACGCAUUGGUUGGUAAUCUKGCUGUGACUGAUGAAGAUGCUGGCCAAGCACACACGUAUCGUUUGAUUAACAACGGUGGGUGGAAGUUUGUUGUCAAGGGGGAUAAGGUGURCACCKCCAUGUAUGCGAACCUGAAUUUUGAGAAGAGAUCAACGUACACUAUCAAAGUGAGGGCGAUUGACGAUGGGAGGCCAAAGCUUUUCAUGGACAGAAUGUUUACCAUCAAGGUAAAUGACGUUAAUGAACAGCCCACAGAUAUUCUCCUGUCAAACGACAGUGUCCCAGAAAAUUCCCCCAUUGGAGUCAUCGUGGGGAAAAUCUCUGUCAUCGACCCUGACAACCUCGGCCCUAGGGGAGACUGGCAAGCUCAYGCAUGUAUCAUUGUCAACGACGUUCCAUUUAUAGUCAACCAAUCAACGAACGACUUGAUUGUUGCUGGCUCUUUAAAUCACGAAGCCACGCCCUUUAUUGACGUCAUAUUGCGUUGUCACGACAACGGAAGCAAACCGCUGUACUUAGACAAAAAACAUACUGUGCAUAUCACAGAUAUCAACGAAGCGCCUAGAAGUAUAAGUCUCUCAGAAUCCAUGGUCGCWGAGAACUCUGGGAUUUUAUCUGUUGGAAAGUUCAACACGAUUGAUCCCGAUAAUUUGAUGAGCAAUGUCCAAACGUUCACAUACAGCYUUGUAGGCGGUGAUAAUUUACCGUUUGUUAUUGAUGGCGAUAGUCUGAAUACCACGAGAAGUUUGGAUUAUGAGACGAARUCGACGUGGCAAAUCACGAUCAAGUCUACCGAUARCAAAGGUCUUAGUGUACAAAAGAAUUUUUCGAUAACAGUCACCGACAGAAAUGAUGUUCCCUCKGGACUGAAUGCUASUGGUCCUUUUACCUGCAACGAGCAUAGCCCUGUAGGGACGUAUUUGGGGACGGUGAGCACCGUCGAUGAAGAUGCUGGUCAAACGUUCACGUACACUAUUGAAAGUGUUCUUGCUCUGGGCCAUUUGGGACAUAAACGGAACGAUAGCAGUGUCCUGAGUACRUUCUCCAUUGAUCCAACUGCUGGAGUGCUGACUCUGUCAUCUGCGCUAAACUUUGAACAGUUCACCAAAUAUAUAGUGUUGGUUCGUUCUGUUGACUCAGGGACCCCUCCCCUGUCUGUCACGGGUCCUCUAGACGUUAUCAUCCAGGAYAUCAACGAAGCACCUAAUAAUAUUACUCUGAGCAGUAAUACUGUAAAUGAGAACUCUCCAGUCGGCACUAUAGUCGGUAAUCUGUCUGUUCACGACCCCGACAACGCWGUCAUUUCUUGGCAACGGUACUCKUGUCAAGUAAACAAUCCUUCYUUGGCUCCAUUCAAGGUUGUUGAUCACCUGGUGCUAGAGGUUGCUGAAGAUGUUUUGAACUAUGAAACAAGCGAUACUUAUACUGUUGGAGUCACAUGUWUUGAACUGAAGGGUGGAAAUUAUACCAUUUCAACUACAUUUAGUAUCUACCUGAUAGAUGUAAAUGAAUCCCCGUAUAACCUAACCUUGAGCAAUACUAGCAUACCGGAGAAUGUCCUACCAGGGGGUUUGGUUGGGACUAUAAAUGUCCUGGACCCCGAUAGGCCGGAAAAUGCAUUUGGUAAUGUCACAGUAAAACUUCAAACCCAAACUCCUUCUGACGCCUUUAGAAUUGACGGCUGGAAUCUGGUAACCACUAGGCCUUUAGACUUUGAAUUAGUAGAUGCCUACCAGGUGACGAUAAUUGCACAGGACAGCGGUAUUCCUCCGUUAAAAAUCGUUAAGACAUUUAAUAUUGACGUUUUGGACAUGAAUGAUCCUCCCMGUAAGCUUAUCUUAAACUCCAGUGGUGUAUAUGAGAAUGCUACGGCUGGUACAGUAGUCGGUACUCUAACUGCAAUAGAUGAAGAUAGGCCGAAACAGACGUUCACUUUCAGCGUUGUCAGUCCUCGAGACCUUUUCAACGUUAGAGGAAACGAACUACUUCUCAAAUCAGCAGCUCUGAAUUACGAAUCUUCGACUACUAUAAACGUAUCGAUCAGCGUAACGGAUGAUGGCCAUCCGUCCAAAACAUCUGAGCUCCAAGUCAUUGUUCAAGUUCUUGACAGUAACGACCCGCCAUCUGAUAUCACAGUGAAGUCACUUCUACCCGUUGACAAAUUGAAAAGGAUCAUGGUCAAGGAAAACAGCCCAGGMGAAAUGCUUGUCGCCAAUUUGACCGUAGUUGACCAAGAUAUAUCACAGAAACACACUUGUUUUCUUCAAGAUGGCCAAAAAUGGUUUGAAACAAAGAUGGUGUCGAGGUCUACUGCGCAAGUCUUUGUGAAGAAGACCGCUGACCUUGAUUAUGAAACUAUGAAUGACACGACGAUUGCAUUGACAGUUCUGUGCACUGACUCGGGUUCUCCACCAUAUUCAACGAAUAAAUCGUUCUCCGURAUUAUCACUGACGUCAACGAGCGUCCAUACAACAUCACCUUGUCYGGYAAUCAUAUGGUYGAAGAGCAUUCAGCUAGUGGRACUGCCAUUGGAAGUUUAUCAUGCAGUGAUCCGGACUUUGACCAAACGCACGUGUUCAAAGUAACUGGWACUUGGUCUAAUAUAUUUGGGGUUGAUGCAAAUWCUUCAGUUUUGUACGUAAAGGAUCCAUCUGGCUUAGACUACGAAUCAUCCGUGCACAAAGGUACCAUCACUGUCAGUAUCAUAGCAACAGACAGCGCGACCAAGCCUCUAAAUGUCUCACGUGAUUUCAUCCUUCGUAUAAUCGAUGUUAAUGAGGCACCAAAUUUCGUGGGGGCUGSAAAUACAUCAGUACGUGAGGACGUKCCCAUUGGUUCUUGUAUCGCAAAGAUAAGUACAACGGAUCCUGAUCCUGGACAGAACGUAACUCUUACGUUGUUGUCGCAUCGGGAUACGUUUACGUUUAGUAACACUUGCGUWAACAAGUCAACUGGCGAAUCUGAGGUACGGUUUUUGACUAACAUAGCUGAUCUAAGCUACGAUGGKACGUAUCCAACCCAUGUAUAUGCCGUAUUGAUCGAAGCGAAAGACGACGGAACACCACCGAAGUCGUUCAACAAAACCAUUUUUGUUCCAAUAAAYCGCGUAAAUCCUUGCGACACAAAAGACGAUUGUAACGGRAACGCGACSUGCGUGCGCGUAAAUGGAACUGCUCACACUUGUCGCUGUAAUCCUGGUUUUACGGGAAAUGGCUGGAACUGUAGCGAAAUUGAUGAAUGUUCAUCGAAUCCAUGUCUUUAUAGCAGCUCCAUUUGCAGCAAUCRAAUUGGUGAUCCUUGUCAAGGCAAUUGCAYWGAUUCCAUCAAUAAUUACACUUGUAGCUGCCCAAAAGGGUUCACGGGAAAUUAUGGAUGCCUCCCUAUUGAUUACUGUGCUUCGAACCCCUGUCAGAACAACGCAACCUGCGAAAUUGCGGUCUUUAACGCCACAUUUAAAUGCUAUUGCAUKCUGGGAUUCAAAGGGGUCAACUGCUCAAUAAACAUUGACGACUGCCAGCCACACAAUUGCUACAACCACGGUGAUUGCACUGACGGAAUAAACCGGUUUGACUGCUCGUGUUACGAGGGGUAUAGUGGACCAAAAUGCCAAAGGAACAUUCACGACUGUGAUAACGUCGAAUGCAAGCCCAACGAAAUCUGUGUUUUACCGGACAUCAGCAAGAAGAAGGAAAACRAGCAAAAACUCUGCUAUGACAGAGACUUAGUUUUACCUAUUUACUUUAAACCAAAUGUUUUUGCUCUUGAAGAAGUGAAAACGCCUCACUGGCAGUAUUUGUUCCAAACGUUUGUCACAGAAAAGAUAUUUUUCAAAAUAGGUGAUGUAACAGGCGAUGAGGCUAACAACACACGUGGUACCGCUACGGAUCUGUACGUAAUGGAAACGACAACACUCUCACUUUAUCCUCUAAGCGAUAAACGUGUGAGGAAAUCAACGGAUGGAAAGAUUCAAUUUACUGCUGUAUUUUUCGUGGUUAAGUWCAAUACGUAUGGUGUCAAGCAAAGUAUUUUUUACUGGUCGUUGAAGGAUGCUUGUAAACUCAGCAAUAUACCUGGAGUGYUGUCAGACUUUGAAAUAAAGAUCUGCAACUCAGGAUUGGAUAUGAUCACAAGACUUCAUAUAAAGCAAUUCAAACCAAGCACUGGUGCAAGUGAGCAAGACAACAGAUCACUUUUCGGGCUGCAUCCAUAUAUGUACUAUGUAUUUGCUGGUAUUGGUGGAAUGUUGCUCUUGCUACUCAUUAUCGGUGUAGCGUUGUUCAGACGCAACAAAAAACAAAAGCGCCAAAACCGUGCUUUCCGAACCAACCAUGAGCUUCUGGACAAUAGCAACCUCCCYACUGACGUCAUGCAACGUCAUCAACUAUCCAACGAGGGUCAAGGUGAAGGAACCUUCAAUCCAAUGUACGAUGUCGAUGGUUUGUAUGCGCAGCCAUCCUUUUCGGUAAGCGACAAUCCAAUUUACUCRAAACCUGAUGACGAAGAGGAGCAGAGCAGGCGUGAGAGYGCAGGAUUCACWAAUCCKAUGUAUGAAACGUUYAAACCCGAAGRAACUGAUAGGGAUAAUAUUAACUCAGACCAACCGUUGAAAUCUGAAGAAAAUGCAGAAUCACUUUAUCAAGUUCCCACCAAGUCGACAGUCGAGAAGAAAAAMAAGAAAAAGAAAGGRAAMAARAAGAAGGGGAAAUYCAAUGAUGAUGAAAUCCCGGACGUUGCAAGCGUGAACCCAAUGUUUGCAAACCGUGAAAUCUAUAACGAUCCCGACGACGAAGACGAUCGGUUCUACGGCUCUUCCGAAAAGAAACACGAAGAUGACUUCACAGAUCCGCAAAGGGAGACUGGUGACGAUGCAAUGGAUAAUCUUUAUGCCGUACCUAAAGGAAAACAGAAUGGUGACGUCACAACUCCUACCGGGGGGUCUGGUGAACAAUCAAGCCUUAUGAAUAUCUAUGACUCGCCCAGAAAUAUCUCGAGWGGAGCUACGCCCAACCUCGACGAACCAGAACCAGUCCCUUCUGAUGUCGUCAGUGCCUUUGGUUUUUCUGCUGCUAAAACCAUAGGUUGUACGUCAGGUCAAACUGAUUGCUGAUUGGACAAUGGAAAUAAUAUCCAAUGACUUUAUGUUAAAAUGAUUUUAAAUUUUAUGAAUAAUACCUACUGUUAGGAUCCUAAAGGUUAUAAAGUUGCAAUUUUUAAAAUUAUCGCRACUCAAUAGUACAAAGAAUAUUUGGUAGCGACUUCUUCCGAACGAUGCCCGAACUGUGUCCGAAGUUGCCCGAAUGAGCACUCCAAACAACCAGCUCUGUCUGGUGCAUUUUAAGGUCGUCAUAUGGGUCUUAUAACAGACGGAAAUUUUGACGAAGUUGGUGCUUGAUUAGUUGUGAAGUUGUGAAAUUUUGAAAAUUGUAGUUUCGUAAUCAAAUUUGUUACGAGGACGAAUUACCCUUGUCUUCAUCAUGAUGACUCUAUAUUCCCUUUAGCCGCUUUUUUACAAUAUUUUCCAUUUUUUUGCUUUUCAUACAUAAAUAAAUGAUUUGAAUAGAUUAAAUUCGACAAUUAAACCACGAGGUCGAGUAAACUGCGAGGACUAUUGAUCAACUCGAACUUCAAGAGACCGAAUGGUCUAAUUGUUUUAGUAUCUACUAUACUAUAGGUCAAAUUAAAAAAAAGUUCGCAAAGAAAACAUUUUCUCGACAUUUUUUCGACUCUUUUGCUUCAUUCCAUGCGACCAUAGUAUAUCAUGAAUAUAUCAUAGUUCAAUAGCCAAUCAGAAUGCUGGAUUGUAAUAGUCCAUAGUUUGUAGGAUAGACUAAAAUAGAUAAAUARAAAUAUCAAUGUAUAGUUCCUCUCAUUAGCGUACGCUGGUUUCGUUCGCGAGCAGACCGUCGUUCCAUUUUUUGGAAUGUACUCGACAAUGGUUGCUAGCCAAUCAGCUCAUGUAAAAAAGRUUUUGCACUAAAUAAAAAUGAUUUCAAUAAAAUGCAAUAAACCCA